AUGACUGUGGUGUCCACAGACAACAUGGACGAGGCCGCGACCCUGCCGGGCCACCCGCAGGACCCCUACCCGCCCGACGACGACCACGACGACCACGACUGCUGCGAGCGGGUGGUCAUCAACAUCUCAGGGCUGCGCUUCGAGACCCAGCUGAAGACCCUCGCCCAGUUCCCGGAUACUCUCCUUGGGAACCCCAAGAAGAGGAUGCGCUACUUCGACCCCCUACGAAACGAGUAUUUCUUUGACCGGAAUCGUCCGAGCUUUGACGCCAUCUUGUAUUAUUACCAGUCCGGGGGGAGGCUGAGAAGACCGGUCAAUGUGCCGCUGGAUAUGUUCUCAGAGGAGAUUAAAUUUUAUGAACUCGGAGCAGAUGCUAUGGAAAAAUUUCGGGAGGAUGAGGGGUUUAUUCGGGAGGAGGAACGACCCCUGCCAGAGAAGGAGUUCCAGCGGCAGAUCUGGCUCCUCUUUGAGCAUCCGGAGAGCUCUGGACCGGCCCGGGGGAUCGCCAUCGUCUCGGUGAUGGUUAUUCUCAUUUCAAUAGUCAUAUUUUGUUUGGAGACGCUACCGGAGUUGAAGGAGGAUCCCAGCGACCGGAUGCAGACUGUGGGGAACACCACCGUGUUUUACAAACCAAAUGUCCUCACAGACCCGUUCUUUGUGGUGGAGACACUCUGCAUCAUCUGGUUUUCCUUUGAGUUGAUAGUUCGGUUUUUUGCUUGCCCCAGCAAGGCGGCGUUCUUUAAAAACAUGAUGAACUCCAUUGAUAUUGUGGCUAUAAUCCCGUACUUCAUCACACUUGGCACAGAGCUGGCUGACGACCAAGACAACAGGGAGGGGAAGGGAGGAGGGGAGCAGGCCACAUCUCUGGCUAUUCUCAGGGUAAUCCGUCUUGUCAGGGUGUUCAGGAUCUUUAAACUGUCCCGACACUCAAAGGGGCUCCAGAUUCUGGGGCAGACUCUAAAGGCGAGCAUGCGGGAGCUGGGCCUGCUCAUUUUCUUCCUCUUUAUUGGCGUGAUCCUGUUCUCCAGCGCCGUCUACUUUGCCGAGGCCGAGGAGAAGGAGUCGUUCUUCACCAGCAUCCCGGAUGCUUUCUGGUGGGCCGUGGUGUCUAUGACGACCGUCGGCUACGGGGACAUGUACCCUGUCACCAUCGGGGGGAAGAUCGUGGGCUCCCUGUGCGCCAUCGCCGGCGUGUUAACCAUCGCGCUGCCGGUGCCGGUCAUCGUCUCCAACUUCAACUACUUCUACCACCGGGAGACGGAGGGCGAGGAGCAGGCCCAGCUGCUCAACGUCAGCAACCAGAACUUGGCGUCGGACACCAACUCAAGCCGCCGCAGCUCCUCGGUGGUCAGCAAGUCGGAGUACAUGGAGAUAGACGAGGACAUGAACAACAGCAUCGAUAACUUUAGGGAAGCGAACCUUAGGACUGCCAACUGCACGGCUCCCAGCCAGAACUGUGUGAACAAGGGGAAGCUGCUCACUGACGUGUGA